AUGUUACAUCGACCUAGUCUUAUGCCAGCGUCAAUGCGAUCGCCUAAAACUCUUCUACCUACACAGAAUUCAUCCAAGUUGAUAAAGACUUUAGAGAGUCCAAUACUGAAUCGUCUUUUCGAUACUCCAGCUAUGACAAUUGUCGGUCAUAUUGGUAGUGACAAUAUUGAUGAUGAUGAUGAGAUUGUGAUUGUUGAACCUACAGAUCCUGAUGAAGAUCGUUUGAAACAAAAAGAACAAGAACAGCAACAACUGCAACUAAAGGAGCUGGAGCAGGAGGGGGAGGUGGAAGGACCCCGACAACAACAACAACAGCAACAAGAUCAAGAAACACCAAUGACCGACAAACAUGUCGAUGAAGAGAUGGAGGGGUAUACUUCUGACGAUGUAGAAAUGACUACUAUCCAACCUUCACCUGUUCUUGUUUCUAUUCCACCUCCUUCUACAAUAUCCACAAAUUCCACCUCCCUUCUCAUUAAUAAAGUUAACCAUCCGCCUCCAUUGAAUGAAACAUCUGUCACUAUGACUACCGAGACAUCUUGUAAACAACCGAUUAAUAUCCUUCCACUGAAUGAAACUCUACAAGCUUUACUGACAAGUACACCACGUCCUAGUGGAACACCACUACAAAGUGUAUCCUUCCAACCAAUAUUACCAUUAACAGGUAAAACUACAAAUUCAUGCACAACACUAGUACAAACUCCAUGUAUUGUCUCUAAUACUGGUGUAACAACGACUUCUUUACCCACACUAUGGUUACAUUCACCUAUCACGAAUCAUGCAACAAUAACAACAACAGCAACAACAACGUCGUCGUCGUCGUCUUCGGUACUGCCAACAGCACCAGCAGCAACAACAACAACAACACCGACGAAUAUUAUUCUCCCACCGAGUGUUGCCAGUCUUACAGAAUUCACAAAUAGUUUAGUACAAAAUGGUACUGCUUUAAAUCCGUUGAUUGCUGCUGUUCUGGUUAAUUGUGCAACAGUGAAUAUGAUAAGUCAACUCGCUGGGACUUUAUGUACACCGCCUAUUGUACUGAAUACAUCUGACAGUAAUAACAAUAAUGGGAAUACUGCGACAACUGUUAAUGGUAACAGUAUAACAAUGCCAACCGCUUCAAUAUUACCCAAUCUCUUGUCUGCUAUCCCACUGUCUGCUUAUCUACCUGGUUUAACGUUGAAUACACCAGCGAGUAAUCUAAUCGGAGGUACAACUGGUCAUCAUAUUGUUUCUGGUAAUAAUAUAGGUGGUAAUAUUAUUGUUACCCCAUCGAAUGUUGACAUUAAUAAUAGUAAUAAUAAUACUAAUUCAGUGCCGAUAUCUUCACCAUCCUCAGCAACAUCAAAUCAAGGCGACUAUCUACAUUUAUCCGAUUGUAAAACAUCUUCAAAUCAACGAUCUAAUGGACGUGUAAAACGUUUUAAAUGCCCAUUGGCUAAUUGUGAAAUGUCUUUUUAUAGUCGAUUCAAUCAAAUGGAACAUAUACGUACGCAUACAGGUGAAAAACCAUUCAGUUGUCCUGAACCUCAAUGCAAUGCAGCAUUUAAACGACGGCGGGAUCUACGGGAUCAUUGGAAUAUGCAUUUAUUGGAUAAUCCGCCGUCGGCGACAUUGACUGAAGAGGAGUUUAAUAAAGCAUUGAAAGAAGCGGACGAGAAAUAUAAUGCGAUGUAUAAUUUUGAGACGCUGGACGCAGGGAAUUCGCUACAUAUUGUAAAGCCUGUUGAUCCACAGCAACAGGAACAACAACAACAAAAAACAUCAAUUGAAAUUCCUGAUCCUAGAGCUUUAUUCACCAAGAAAUGUGUCAAUGAAUUUGGUCGAUAUCAUUGUACUUAUCCAGGCUGUGAUAAAUCCUAUGCUAGACGACAUCGAUUAAAUCAGCACAUCUCAACGCAUACAGGUACUGGUCCGAUACCAUGUGAUGAACCUAACUGUAAUGUUCGAUACUUUUCCGAGGAGGAUUUAAAACGUCAUAAAUUGUCACAUCUGUAUGCAGCGGAUAAAAAUUCACGUCGUCGACAUGUUUGUACCUAUCCAGGUUGUGGUAAGGCGUAUUCAAAGUUGAAUAAGCUGAAAGAGCAUCUUCGAUCACACACCGGUGAAAGACCGUAUGUAUGUCGAGAGCCUGGUUGUGGCGCAGCAUUUAUCCGGUUGUAUGGAGUUAAACGUCAUGAAUUAACGCAUGUAUUUGGUCGUAAACGUGGAGGGAAACGACUUACACAAUUUCCAAAUACAACAUUAGAGAGUGUUAUGAAUGGCGAGAAUGCUGGCGGUGUUGGUGGUGAUGAUGUCGUGGUAGUGACAGAGGAGCAGCAAACAGUUGUCACUUCAGAGAGUCCAGAUGUAAUAAUCAUCUCCCCUACCACAAACACAGUAACACCACCACCACCAACAACAACAACUGCCAGUCCGCCUUUAUCAAAUAUUCUACCGAAACCAAUUGAACAAAUCGAUACCAAGUUGGAUACAUCGUCAACAAUGCCAAGAAUUCGUCCACUUCCAGCUAUUGCACCAAAAUCAAAUGUCACCCUACCAAUACGUCCUAUUUCACCGAUCAGCGGAAAUCCAGGCAUGCGACGUCCUCAUAUCUGUCCAUUUAAAGAAUGCGGGAAAGCCUUUCCAAAGUUGAAUAAACUGCGUGAACAUAUCUGUCGGCAUACAGGUGAACGACCAUUUGUCUGUGAAAAAUGUAAAGCGUCUUUUGUACGCAUGUAUGAUUUACGUCGUCAUAGUAAUAUUCAUCUGAGGGGAGGACAUCCAAGAAGUUUGUCUAGAUUUUUACCACCUACACAAGUGGUAACAAGUAAUAAGCCUGUUGAAUCUACUGUUUCAGAGAGUUCCACAGGGACUGAUGUCACUUCUACGAUAACAACUGCCAACACAACUGUAUCACCUUUAGUGACUGUGACAGUCUGUGAUAACGCUAUCUCUUCUAAUAAUAUUACUGUUGUCAGUAUCGCUUCCCCCUCUAUCAACAAUCCUCAAGUUGACACUGUCCCAGCUCCCAGCACUACAACUACCACUGUUACAAAACUUGAAGAAACACCCGAGAGUGUUGUACAAGUCGUUGAACCUCUUGUAAUUAAACCAUCAGAGAGUGAUGACGAGGUAAUUGAAUCUACUGAUAACAAUGUUUUAUGCUGA